AAUUGUUUUGUUCGGGUCACCCGACCCUACCUAAUAAUAUACGCCGACCCUACCGUUUUUUUCGUGUCAAAAAAAAAAAAAAAAAAAUCGAUGAAAAAUACCGUAUUAUUGAGGUACGGUACGGUACAGGUUUUAUCGCCGCUCUUAGUAACAAAAUGGCCGAUCACAUUGUCAACAUUUGCAAAACGGCGUGUGAUCUACACAAAACGGCCGAACGCCGAGAGUUUAAAAUGAUAACACAAAAAAUGUCUUUUGAAGACAUAGAAGGCAUGUAUCUGUGCCACCCGGGAGGGAUUUCAGAAGUUUCUAUAUCUUCAUCCGAAAAUGGUCCAUGGACGGCGUUAAAGGAGGACAAUUUGUAUGACGUCCCGGUCAUGGAAAUUCUUGAGAAAUUUAGAGGCUUUACCUUCUUCAGAAUAAGGUGUGUGGCAACAGACCAAUCUGACAUAGCUACAGACAAGAACAGCGAAGUUGAUACUAGCAAAAUAGGGGCCAGGAAUGCUUUUGAAAUCCUAAUGCAGGCAGAAAAAAAUACUCCUACACUUCCUAAGAAACGAACUACCAGUAGCGGUGUACCUGUUGACAAGGGCAUUUCAAGGAAGGAUGAACUGUUCAACAAAGUCAUUGACUGGAUGGCUGAUAGGGGUUUGAAGUUUUUGGACCCAGACACAGAAGGACUCUACAUAGUACAGGUUCUAACCAAUGCUUUGUGGUACAUCACUAACCAGCAAACAGUAAUAAAUGACAGAAGCAGAAGGGAGGUGGCAGUUUACUCUGUACCAACAGCUUUUGAGGACUUUGUAGGGUUUAAUGAUCAUAGACGCAAAAAACUGAAAGCCCAGCCACUGGAGUCUAAUGUGUUAAAGUCACAUGCAGAGGCGCUUUUUAGUUUGUGCACAAGACCAUUGUUAAGAAGUUCCCCACAAUGGGAGCAGGCAUAUCAGGACAUUAAAGAUCUAGCUUCAUGUUUGUGGUCUUACCAUAGUUACUUGGACAGAAAACGACUUGUAUCUGAAACUUAUAGAAACAUGGACCAUCCGGCCAGGCCGAUAGCAAAAUAUACUUCAAUAUAUACUGUGCAUAAAUGUACCUCUGAAGUGAAACACACAUACAAACUACUUGACAAAGCAUUGAAUAUUGCAGAUUUGUAUGAACCAGUCUUUUUUGAUGAAAACAUUCAUUUAAAUUUACCAUUUAAUGACAAUAUGCAAAGAUUGAGGUUCUUCGAAAAUGUCAAUCUAUCUGUUACUGUAGAUAUUAUCAAGUUUUGUCCUGGGGGAGUAUUUUAACUGUAUAUUGUUUUUGUAAGGUACCUGAUACUAGAACUGAUGCUCAGAAACAAACUGAUGCAGGUUCUUUAUUGUUAAAAAUAAGACCACAACUCCCGGAGUAUCAUACAAUGUUUAUGAAACAGCAAUUCAAACGCAGAUUAGGCAAUGUUGUUUCUAUACAGCCAGGGGUAGUGGAUAUGAUCUACAAGGAGCUUGCCUUGGAUGCUUCAGCAACUUCACACCCAGACUUUCAGCAAC